AUGUACUCGAGUCAGGUAGAACCACAACAACCUGCCCACGUUAGUACGGUUCGCAGUUACCCCGCUAAAGUGAAAAAAGAAGCAGUAAAGGGCGCAGUGCCAGAGUACACCCUUAAGUACAGUCAAGACUCCAUCGUUGUGCCCCUAUCAGACCCGUCAAGAUUGCAUUCGAACUAUAGCGCAAGCUACUAUUCGACCUACCAGAGUGAGAGAAGCCGCUACGGCCGCCCUGCAUCGGGACUUGCCGUCCUUAAUGCAUCAAGUGUGCAUGGCUCUAAAUAUGACGAGGAAUACAAAUCAAACUGUGCGUCAACCUCGUUGAAGAAUUCAUCUGUGUCGAAGCCCGUCGAGAUAUCGUCUAAUCCUGCCGUUUUCAAUUCUAGCCCUUCCUUGCCCAUCCAGCCAACCUCUAUAAAGGCUGCUCAAAGUUCUUUCAUCAACAAUACCGAGGCAACGACUAAAACCAGUACAGGCUCUAGACAGGUUACAUCCAAGGACUACCUAAGUGACAAUCCGUAUGCUCCCCGCUCUAGUAGCGUUGAUGAGCUGAAUGAGGGAGCAUCUCCGAAUCGACGACCUACUGUACCGAAAUCGUUUGUUCACCCGGGUCACGGUGAGUCCACCUAUCUCAUUGACUACAUCCCCCCUGCCAAGGGAGGGAUCGCAGAUACAAUCGUAUACAGUCGCAGGAUACACCCUGAUACUUGGACAAACUCUGAUCGCGUUGAUGGAGGCACGGGGGGCCAAAAUAUAUCGGCUGAGUAUUCUCAGAACUACAUCGCAGUGAGAAUAGACGGUAAAGAUUACCUGGCUCAGCUGACCCCCUUUGAUGGCUCAACGCCUAACCAUUUGAGAAACUCUUUGCCAUUGCUAGAGCUCGCUGAAGAAACUGCACACGCUGAGGUGGUCCCCGAAGUAGAGAGCUGUCCGAGGACUCCAAGGCUCUCUAAAAAAGAACAAGCAAAGACCCCGAAGAAGGACCGGGCGAAGACCCCAAAGAGUUGCGGUACCAAGACGCUUCGGAAAUAG